AUGCCUACCGGUCCAACGUCUCGGUCCGAGCCCCGCCAUCCGGCCUCUUCACUCUUCCACCAUCCGGUUCUCCUCAGCAUCGCCUUUGCCCUCAUUGCCCUCGUCGCCCUCUGGAUACCACUCCCUCCAGAAACCUUCACCAACUCGCACAGCCCGAACACAGCAGCCGCCCAGCCACCGAUUCCCGCCGUCGCAGCCAUAGCUUCCUCGCUCUUGUCCCCCCGGCGCCUCGUCCAGCUCUCCGGGCACCUCUUCCGCCGCACCACCUCCACCGCCGCCAUGGUUGUCGCCCCUAGAUACGAGCGCGAGCUGCAAGUCGCCGAGCUGGCCGUGCAGCGCGCCGCCAUCCUCACCAAGCGCGUUUUCCACGAAAAGGCCAAGGGCACCGUCGACAAGAACGACAAGUCGCCCGUCACCAUCGGCGAUUUCGGCGCCCAGGCGCUCAUCAUCGCCGCCCUCCAGCACAGCUUCCCCGACGACGCCAUUGUCGCCGAAGAAGAGGCCGCGCAGCUGCGCGCCGACCCGGCCCUCUGCGACACCAUCUGGCAGCUGGUCCGCUCGACGGCCCUCACCGACAGCGCCGCCGAGGCGCUCCUGGGCGGCGCGAUCCCCAGCGCCGACGCCAUGCUCGACCUCAUCGACAAGGGCAACAGCCCCGGCGGCGCCACCGGACGCAUCUGGACCAUUGACCCGAUUGACGGCACCAAGGGCUUCCUCCGCGGCGGGCAGUACGCCGUCUGCCUCGGGCUCAUGGUCGACGGCGAGGUGCAGGUCGGCGUGCUCGGGUGCCCGAACCUGCCUGUCGACGACGCCGCGCGGCUGACGGCGGCAAGCGGCGCCAACCAGACCGACGACGCGGACCACGGCGUGCUGCUCGCCGCCGUGCAGCACCACGGCGCGCACAGCCGGCCGCUGACCGCCGGCGUGUUGGCCGCGCCGAAGCCGAUUGGCAUGCGCGCGCUGACGGACCUCGCGCAGGCCACCUUCUGCGAGAGCGUCGAGGCGGCGCACUCGGCCCACGGCGACCAGGCGCAGAUCUCGGCGGCGCUCGGCAUCACCGCGCCGAGCGUGCGCAUGGACUCGCAGGCCAAGUACGCCUCCAUUGCGCGCGGCGCGGGCGACAUCUACCUGCGCCUGCCGGUCAAGGCGACGUACCAGGAAAAGAUUUGGGACCAUGCGGCGGGCGACCUUAUCGUGCGCGAGGCCGGUGGCCAGGUGACGGAUAUCCAUGGCAAGCGCCUUGAUUUCGGCGCGGGCCGCACGCUGGCCAACAACAAGGGCGUCGUGGCGGCGCCGGCGCCGGUGCACGGCAAGGUGCUGGCUGCGGUGCAGGAGGUUCUCAAGAUUAAGGCCUAA